ACCCACGACUGCACCCCAAAAUUCCCCUCCCUACUUUCCUAAAAUGAAUUAGAGGAGUUACCGGAUUGGUUCUCUUCUUUACCACUUUGCACGCCUCCGGAGGUCUGUCUGUUAGAAUCGCUGAGGUGAGAACCAUCUUCUCUCUUCAGGUUUCCUGUCCCGGAUGGGAGGUGCUAGUCGCAUGGGUGCACUCGUGGGUUUCAAGAAAAACAAUUACCGAAUCCCAUAUGGCCCCCACGUGAUCCCCCAGCACCUCUGCCAAGACCUGUCGAUGGCCAAGACCUGUGACUGUGGUGGGCUCUGCUUGUCUUCCUUCAUCCAGGCGGUGGUUGCCAUGAACCUGCACCAGGUGUCUCAGACGGUGGUCCUCGUGGACUCCAUGGGAGGGACGGACGCCCCCAUCAUCUGUUACUUCUGCUCUCUCACCUGCUACUCGCUGUUCCUCGAUAAGUACCUGCAAAGCACCCGAAUGUAACGCGAAGCCCCCGGCUGCGGAGCGUCGCCCAUCUGCAUCGCCAUCUGCUCCCUGCGAUCACAGGGCCUUGGCAGCAUCCAGAUUCAUAAUGAAUAUACAAGAUGCCUUCCCAGUACAGAUUCAGUGCAGCAACCUGCUGCUCCGUGCAGGAACAGUGUUACUUAGCGGUGGUUUAAAACCCUUAGCUAUCCAGCUCGUGUGGUACUACAGUUCCCAGCAUGCCAUAACCGCCACAAGCAAUGCUGAGAGUUGUAGGUUCCAAACAGAGAGCCACAAUGGAUGCGCUUUACCAAGAGUAUUUGCAUCGAGGGAUUGGGGUGUAAAUUUUGCGUCCGUGUUUCAGUCAUCCAGAAUAUCUGCUUAUGUUGGAGAAUACGGUUGGAGCAGAAGUUGUAGUUAAAGGGAUAUUCCUAACUGGGACCUUGCUGGGAUCAGGGUCAGAAGUGCAGGCCCCACAUCUGGGACCGCUCCUAUCCCCGGUAGUGACCAGAGAGCAGCUGCGCAUGCGCGGCCACCCUCCUUUCACUGCUAUAGGGGUUCCCGAAAUGGAGCUUGCUCGGCUGUUUUCGGAACUCCCAUGAGGACGAAUGGAGAGCAUGCCACGCAUCGCGUGCACCGUGUACUGGUCUCGCCUCUGGGAUCCGCCCCUUUCUGACAUUGAUGGCCUAUUCUAGCGAUAUACCUCCAUAGUCCUCGUUGACAAUCCCCCUUUAAAAGGAACGCUUCAGACAAUACCUACACAUUGUGUUAUACCUAGUGGUGGGUCCAAGGGGGUGGAGCAUGACACACGGAUUUAAAGAACGUCGGAACCCUUGUCAUUCUCGGUUGGUGUAUUGUAGUGAAUCGCUUUUGCUUUGUUUUUGUUUUUUUGCAGCAGGACUGGUCGUAUGCCGCGAGUGCCUCGUCUGUAUGUUAGGUUUGGAUCGCAGAUGUAACUGUAUGUAGCCAGGUCCUCCCUGUACUGGUACCUUGUGGGGGUCAUGGAGGCCUUCACGGUCUAUGGCCACCCUAUUGGGGGUUCUGCUUUCUGACCGCACUUCAGGUAUUUCUGAGAUGAUAUGAGGGGCACUGACUUGUUGCAGGAUCGGGGUAGAUUACCUGUACCCUCUCCACCAGGACAGUCCACACCUUGUGCACAAGGCGGUUUUGGGAACUGAGGCCGAAGGAGAACGAUCCCAGUGAAGUCUGCAGUGCUGUUCUCUGUGCCAUCGCAUAGGAUGCCAAUCAGCGGACUUGUGACAUGUGACACACUAAUGUGUAUUUUAUGAAAAUGAGAAUAUUUUUAAAUUAAUUUUAAUAAAUGGAAGUUUUAUUUAUUGAA